UCCUCCGUGUACAACAGCAAACUGAACUGUCAGCCCGCAAAACACGGGACACGAGCAUCUCCGUAAGUUUAUAAGAUAUAUAAAGACGAGGACCGAGGCUGCUGCUGCUCUAGAAUGCCGUGCUCGGACUACGACCCCGCCUCUCUGCCGGAUCUGUUGCCUCUUUACUAUCGCCGGCUGUUUCCUUUCUCCCAGUAUUACCGCUGGUUGAGCUAUGGAGGAGUGCAAAAGAACUACUUUCAGAAUCGGGAGUUCUCCUUCACACUCAAAGAUGACAUCUACGUCCGCUACCAGUCGUUCAGCACCCAGAGUGAGCUCGAGAAGGAAAUGCAGAAAAUGAACCCUUACAAGAUUGACAUUGGAGCGAUUUACAGUCACAGGCCAAACCAACACAACACAGUGAAGUCUGGAACCUUCCAAGCUUUGGAGAAGGAGCUGGUGUUUGAUAUCGAUAUGACUGAUUAUGAUGAUGUGCGAAGCUGCUGCAGUGCUGCAGACAUUUGCUUGAGGUGCUGGACCCUGAUGACCAUCGCUAUUCGUAUCCUGGAUCGAGCUCUGAGAGAUGACUUUGGUUUCCAGCACCUGCUGUGGGUUUAUUCUGGCAGGAGAGGAGUGCAUUGUUGGGUUUGUGAUGAAGCUGCCAGGAAACUCUCUUCAGCAGCUCGCUCUGCUGUGGCAGAAUAUCUCAGCCUGGUGAAGGGUGGAGAAGAAACGGUGAAGAAAGUCGUGCUGACAGAUCCAAUUCAUCCAUUUAUCAAAGAGUCUCUGGCAGUGGUGGAGAAGUACUUUCCUCAGUAUGCGCUGAAGGACCAGGACAUCCUCGGACGCAAAGAGUCUGUCGACAAAGUGCUGGCUCUUGUGCCUGAAGAUGUAAGAAAAGAGCUUCAGCAGGCCUUUCAGAAAGACAAGAUCCCAGAGAGCCGCUGGGAACAUGUUUUAGAUCAAGCUCUUGAUAAACAGGGCACCACCAAAAAGGGCCAACAUUUUGAAAAAGAGAUCAUGCUGCAGUAUUGUUACCCUCGGCUGGACGUCAACGUCAGUAAAGGUGUGAACCAUCUGCUGAAAAGUCCUUUCAGUGUGCAUCCAAAAACAGGCCGCAUUUCUGUUCCCAUUGACCUGAAAGAAUUGGAGACGUUUGAUCCGUUCGCCGUUCCUACCAUCAGCCUGAUCUGUGAGGAGCUGGAUCGACCAAAGCCGGGCGAAGAGCAGUCAGAAGACACCAAUAAGAACGAAGACGAAAAGGAUGCAGCGGAGAAACGGAAGGUUCGAGAUUACAAAAGAACCAGCUUGGCGAAGUACAUCAAACACUUUGAUCAGUUUCUGGACACGAUGGCUCGUUCAUGGAAAGGAGAGCUGCUUAAGAAGAGCGAUCUUCAGAAAGAUUUCUAAGUGGACCAGCAGUCAGAAAACAAGAGGCUGAUUGAUUAACUGUGGCUGAUGGUGAACACUGCAGCAUUCCUUUGAGUAACGAUCCAGUUUUCCAGCGUUUUCACCUUCAGGAUUCCAUGAUUCAUAUAUUGAACUGAAUUAUAAUGUUUCUCUGUCUUUCUGGCAUUGCUUUGUAAAUGAUCAGGUUUUAAUGUUUUUGCUUAAUGUUUUGGGUUUUUUUGCUGUCAUGCACACAAAAAUAAA